CACACACAUUUCAACUGGAACUAAUAAGAACAAGGAACUGACUGAACCCCCCCCACACUCAGAAUACCAAGUGAAACCGAAUAAGUCCGAGACUCUCAGGGGGACACGCAUGCACGGAGCACAGAUUGAGGCCAGAUGUUUACAAUACAGAAACUGAGAAACAAGAUCCAUUUAUAAACCGAACAGAAUAAUCCUGUUUUUCGUUUGGAAUAGAACGAUGGAAUAAUAUAAACAUGUAUUAUUGCCACGUAGCUAUAUGCAAUGCCUACAGUGGUUGAAUAGAAGGGCAGAUGUGUAGGCCUAUAGCGUUAGGCCUAAAUCUCUGUGAUCAACAACAGAUAGUCUAUAGCAGACUGACUUCCGAGCCUAAUAAUAACUGCGUAUCAGUGUUGGUUCAGCUUUAGCCAGAACUGAAAUCUUCUCCAUGACUCAAGUUAUGUUUUUGUUCUUCACCGUGGCCUUGCCUGCUCCUCCCUCUCUCUUUCCCUCUACCUCUCUUUCUGUGCGGGAGGAAGGGGGGCAGACGUUAUAGUUACUCUCUCCUCCGCUUUUGUUCUGAAACCGGAGAGUAGCAGAGCAGGGCGCGAGGCGGUGGUCGGUAUGGCGGGAGGCUCGAGCGGCUUCACAUUUCUCGGGGUUCUGCUGCUCGCGGCCAUUCUGCUGCAGACCGUGGCCGUUACCGUCACCGUGCUCUACUUCACUAACGUCCUCAACACGGUGAAGGAGACAUUUGCAAGGAGCAGUGUGUCUUGUCUGACACGGUCUGACCUCAGAGGGGGGUACGUGCGCUCCCCGACCGAGGGGAGAGGAGACCCCUGCUGGCAGGUCACACAGCAACUACACACCCUCAUAGAGAAGUCUCUGUUUCAGCGAUAUCAGAGGGAGAUCUCCUCAGCAGUUAGAGACGAGAUGUCCAGGGUGUUGCCCUCACUGGCAAUGGAGGACCAGGCUUCUUCUCGCCCCAAAGUUGCCGCCCACGUCACUGGCAGCUUCGCUCCCAAAGCAGCGAGGGAGGGAGGAGGUUCUCCCGGGCGGCGUGUGCAGGGGCAGAAGAUCUCGUGGUGGGAGGGGCAUAAAGGGCUGGCAUUCCUUCAGGACGUUCGAUUGAUUGAUGGGGAGCUGGUGGUGCCUUGCCCAGGACUCUACUAUAUCUAUGCCCAGACCUACUUCAGACACACCCACCCUGGGGGAGAGGAGGGGGAGGAAGAGGUGGAAGAGGAGAGGGAGCAGAGGGGGAGGCCUAUGUUGCAGUAUGUUUAUAAGAAAGUGUCUUCCUAUCCGGUACCCAUCCUGCUGAUGAAGACCAGCCGUACCUCCUGCUGGUCCCGGGACUCCCAGUUCUCUCUGCACUCCGCCCACCAGGGAGGGCUGUUCCCAUUGGCCACCGGGGACCGCCUCCUCGUCACCGUUAGCAACGCCUCUGCCAUCGACAUGGAUGAGAGGAGCAGCUUUUUCGGGGCUGUCCUGGUCAGCUAGUGGUCAGAGGUUCGUCUAUAUGGUGGCUUGGAUAGUUUGGGGCUAACGGACACCAGCAUACUCACUGUUUGGGAGCCAUAUGUGUGCGUGUACUGACAGAGAGAUCAUUCUGAGAGCUGUGUGUGUGAGUAUGUGUGUUUGUAUGCAUGCAUGGGUGUGUGUGCAUGGGUGUACAGAUGUACAGAUGUACAAAGCUUUAUGCUCUGUGACUGCUAGGCUGGACAUGCGAGGAGGCGUGAGCAGAGCUGGUGUGGUUAUCCUAUUAUCUUCCACCCUGGUGCCGAUGGCCUAGCCUUCCCUCAUGGCUCAUCCAAUUAGCUGUGUCCGGAGCCAGCAGGUCUGUGCUGAUUAGAUGAAAAGCAGAUGAGUGGCUUGAGGUCGGGGGCCAAUGUCUCCUUUAGAACUUCAGGACAACUGACCGACAAUGAAUCAGUGAUGGGAUGAUUGUGGAUAACUGUCUUACUGCUAUUUUCAUACUAAAAGGAUGAGUGUCUCUUUUUUCCAGUUUUUGUUUUACUCUCAGAGAUGGUUUUAAUGUCAAAUUUGAAUGUAGGGUGUUUUUGUGUUGUGAGUCUGUUUAUAACUGUAAAUACAUUGAAUGUAUGUUGCUUGAUUGUAGACUUUUACAUUCUUAACACAAACCUAAGCUCUCACCUGAGCAACACUGCCUGCAACCACAUGUUCAAUUCAGCACUUUUUCACUUUUUUCAGUUUAAAUGUUUCAGGCCAUGACCCAGGAGGCCCUACUGUAGCCCAGGCCCACCGUCGCUAUUGGAACCAGUGCUAGGACAUGGGUAAUGUUGAGGACUUUACUAAAAUAUUUCUUGAUUCUCCCACCGACAGACAGAGGGUGGAAUGAUAUAGAUGUAUCUGUAGAUACAAACAGACAAGUAUGCCGUGAGAGAGAGGGGUCUGGACAGGGUUGUCAGUUUAGCCGCUUCAAUAGAGGAGAAUUAUCUGCAGAUGUUUUUGGGGAAGAAUUGUUUACACAGCCCAUACAAUCAUGACUCCAGAUAGUGUUUGUGUGGGCUGUGGAGGCGACGGUUACCAUGGACACUCACACUAAAUCAUUCAUCAAUAUGAAUCAGACUCAUGCACGAGUCCAACUGCUCUCAUGUUCAUGUAGAAUUAGCCUGGUUGCCGUCUAUUUUCAGCUAUUUCAUUCCACUUCUUGUACUCUGUAAUUUGCCAAAGAGGGGCAUACUCUUUUGGUAAAUGACAUGUGUGGCAAGUAGUGGAAUGCUAGCUAAAACGACUAGUACUCUGACUAAUGUAGAACGGAAUCUGUCUGUAAGUAAGUGUGUGUGUGUACAAUAAAGACACUGUCCAAAUGAAAA